AUGUCCCCAGAGACCACCAGAUGUCGCCAGAGACCACCAGAUGUCGCCAGAGACCACCAGAUGUCGCCAGAGACCACCAGAGGUCGCCAGAGACCACCAGAGGUCGCCAGAGACCACCAGAGGUCGCCAGAGACCACCAGAGGUUGCCAGAGACCACCAGGGGUCGCCAGAGACCACCAGAGGUCGCCAGAGACCACCAGAGGUCGCCAGAGACCACCAGGGGUCGCCAGAGACCACCAGAGGUCGCCAGAGACCACCAGAGGUCGCCAAAGACCACCAGAGGAUGCCAGAGACCACCAGGGGUCGCCAGAGACUACCAGAGGUCGCCAGAGACCACCAGGGGUCGCCAGAGACCACCAGAGGUCGCCAGAGACCACCAGAGGUCGCCAGAGACCACCAGAGGUCGCCAGAGACCACCAGGGGUCGCCAGAGACCACCAGAGGUCGCCAGAGACCACCAGGGAUCGCCAGAGACCACCAGAGGUCGCCAGAGACCACCAGGGAUCGCCAGAGACCACCAGGGGUCGCCAGAGACCACCAGGGGUCGCCAGAGAUCACCAGGGAUCGCCAGAGACCACCAGAGGUCGCCAGAGACCACCAGGGAUCGCCAGAGACCACCAGAGGUCGCCAGAGACCACCAGAGAUCGUCACACAUCCACAGAGAGUUCCAAAGAUCAACAACAGACUAUCAACUGGGAAUUGA